GCUUCUAUUGGCUGCAUUGGGCGUGAGCUUUCAAUCAAUUCCAUUUAAUUCACCAGUGUUUUAAUUCACUGAAAGCGACAUCUAUUUAUCAUGUAACCAUGACUGAGUUAUUCAACUAGACAUUUCAUCUGUGAAUACUAGUCACUGACUAGAGCCAUCUACUGGUUUACAUCACCUUGUGAAGGGGUCUGCCUCUGUGAAGACUCCUGUGCUGCGAGAUGAGAUUUUUAACAUCAAAUUUGAUUGAUAUUGAUUAUCUUCAGUGGUUAAUAUGGUUAUUAAGUCCAAUAGUUAUCAGUUUUUUGUUACCUUUGACUAUUCUGUUAUUUUUCUAUUGUUCAGCUUUAUUUCUCCAUGUUUACCGUCACCGUAAUCGUAUCACUGCUAUCAAAGAGGCUGUCCGAGCUGGUGACUAUUGGGAUGGAGCUCGUCAAGCAAUUGCUACUUUUUGGGAUGCACAUGGUUGGAUCUAUCAUGGUUAUGAGGUUAAAGGAUUAGACAAUAUUCCAGAUUCUGGUCCUGCCUUAAUUGUUUACUAUCAUGGUGCUCUUCCUUUAGACUAUUAUUAUCUUCUUUCUAAAACCUAUCUUCAUAAGAAUAGACUAAUCAAAGCUGUGGGUGAUAAAUUUUUAUUCAGCAUACCAGGAUGGAAGUUAAUGAUGGAAGUGUUCCAUGUUUUUCCAGGUACUUUGAAAACAUGUACUCAAGUAUUACAGAGAGGGGAUCUACUUUCUAUUGCACCAGGAGGUGUCCGAGAAGCUCAGUUUGGUGACAAUAGGUACAAAUUAAUUUGGGGCAAUAGGAUUGGUUUUGCUAAAGUUGCCAUAGCUUCUAAAGCACCAAUUGUACCUGUUUUCACUGUUAACCUGAGGGAAGCCUUUCGUUCUGUCAGUUUUGGGCAAAGCUGGUUUGAACGAGUUUAUGAUAAAACUCGUUUACCUAUUGUUCCGAUUUAUGGUGGAUUUCCUGUAAAAAUGACUACUUUUAUUGGUGAACCUAUUCCUUAUAAGCCCAACAGAACACCGGAGGAACUUGCGGCACUUACAGCGGAAGCCAUAGAAAAGCUUAUUCAAGAGAAUCAAAGGAUACCUGGAAGCAUUUGGAGAGCCAUUUUUGAUCGAUUCAAGUCAUCUUAGCUUUAUUUGUUUACUGAGAAAGUUUACAUUAAAGCUGGCCAGUUAAGAUUUACCAGUAAAUAAGUCGAGUAAAUUAGGUGAAAGAUGAAAACGAUGAGGUAAAAACACAUAAAUUAAAGAGCUGUGAUUGGUUUAAUCAUAAAUUUUCAACAUGAAUCAAGUUUAAUUUCAAGUUUUCGAUUUUUCCAGCUUAAUGCUGAAUGUUGAGUUUGUAAGAUAAUAUUAUCAAUGCUUAAUUUUAACCUUGAUUGUUAUUUAAAUACUAUUUUUAAUAUUAUAAUUAUCAUGAGCAGAUAAAAAUCUAAAUUAUAAUCAAAUGUAAGUGCAUGAAUGUUCAAGCUGUAUCAUCAUUAGACCAUGGUAUUGGUUUGAGUUUACAUGUUAAUCUUCUCGGAAUCACACAAAAUUGAUGAAACUGAUUUACUGAUUCAUGGUCAACCAAUAUCAAUAUUGAUCAUUAAGAUGAAAUUGGUAAAUACGGUAAAAUUAAUAAAUUACUGGUUCCUCACAAAUUAUUGUUUACCUUUUCUUCAAGGAUAAGUACAGUAACCUGCUUGCCAAUAUUUUCAUCUAAAAUUUUGAGAUGGUCCCUUUCAAGGCGGAGUUAACCAGUUAAUUGCAAUUCAAUAAGUUGAUAAGAAACGCAAUUUACCUCAUUUUUGUAAAUUAUUUACCAAUAAAGCCCAUAAAAUCGAUCUAUGUUGAUAAUUUUAA